CACGUGAAUGCAGCACACGUCGUGAAGUGAAAAAGACUGAACAGUUUUCUCUCAGCCGCUCGAGGAAGAAUCCCUUUGGUUCUGUGAACAGUUUUGCAGUCCGUUAUAUAACAUUAGCCGGCACUUACAUAUUAUUGUCCCUGAGUGAUCUGGGUGUACCUGGGUGAUCACAUUGGUGAACCAAACGCCGUGAUUCAGUGAAGCAAAACAAGCAACAAGUGCCUGCUGUUGUAACUAAACUCCACCAAGCGGAUGGAUGCUGUUAUGAAAUGCAAACCAGAGGACUUGGAGGAUUACUACGGGUUAUUGGGCUGCGAUGAACUGUCGUCGACUGAACAGAUUAUCAAUGAAUACAAGAUCCGGGCCUUGAUGUGCCACCCAGACAAACACCUAGACAACCCAAGAGCAGUGGCAGAAUUCCAGAAACUGCAAGAAGCCAAAGAGGUUUUAUGUAAUGAAAACAAAAGGAAAAAUUAUGACUUGUGGAAAAGAAGUGGUGUCACCAUUCCUUUCCAGGACUGGCAAGCCAUGAAAGACUCUGUAAAAACUUCAUUGCACUGGGCUGUGAGAAAUAAGAAGGAACCAAUGCUGGAGGCCUCAAAGACAGAAGACCCAGCCACUUCCCAAGCAGAGGACCUUCAGAGUGAAAAGAUUGAACCAGGGAUCUCUUCAUGUGAUGCUAUGCCAUCAUCAAGUGACCACUGCCACCUGCGUUUCCGCUGGGCUGCUGAUUCUCCAUCCAGUCUACUGCAGAAGUUCAGAAAUUAUGAAAUCUAAAUCAUCCAUCAGGAAUUCAGAUUUGUUUAUGUUUGUGUUUUUUGCCUUGUUGUUAACUGUGAGUAUAGUCUCUCUGUAAUGCCCAUAAAUGUCCUGUUAGAAACUGCAAACUUGUGUCUGCUCACUUGGAGAAUGCUUUGUCUAACAAAAAACAAACAAGUAUGUGAAUAAUGUAUGUGUUACCAUUUGUCCUACUCUGUCAAGUAUGCUCUUGUACAGUGGAGAUAUGGUUAUGCCUGAUAUUGAAGUACCUCUAAUGCUAAUGUGUAUUGUUGUGUUGUAGACAAAUUCAUUGUGUCAGGAUAUAAUUACCUUGGGUGUAUGGUGUAGUAGUAGCUUCAUGGACAUGGUGUUACAUGUCCAGGUUUACAUGUCCAGGUUGGCUCCUGUUGUGCAUGACCUCUAUCUCUGUAACAUUACUCUGUCUUUGUUUGGGUGGGACUAGGUCUUAUCAGAAGUACCUCAAACCAAUACAGAAAGUACUUCAUGAGGGAAAUGCACCUGGGUUACUUUGUCAAGUAAUGUGGUAAUGUGAUGUGGAUGUAAUCAUUGAUGCAGAUAUGCUUUAAAUUAUUUUAUUUUUAUAAUGGGACAGUAUUAAUGAAAAUGUAAAUGUACAAUUGUAGCUAAAGCUAAUUUCCAUCUUCAAUCCCUUGGCAGGCCAAUGCCAGCCACAUAACACAACACUAACAGUAAGAUUAAGGUGCAGAAUAAAAAGACACAAUGGAUGGUGUCAUUAAUAGGUGACCAAAAUGGAACAGUCCAUUACCUUGAAUAGAAAAACAUAUCUCUAUUCUCAUAUAUAUUCAAUAUAAUAUAUAUAUUGCUGUCAUUGUUUUUUUUAGAUAUUUGAAUGCACAAGUAUCACAUGGUGUAUCUUUAACUGGCUAACAGACAUGUUUUCAGUGAGUGUAAGUGUCAGCAGCUCAUAAAACUGCACUUAAAAACAUCUGAACUAUCUUUUUAAAAGUGGGCAUCAGCAUGUCUCUGUAGACAGAAGCAGACAAAAACAUGAGCUUUUGUGCAUUCAAAUGCUGACAGUAAAUGUAAACUGUUAGGUUGUUACAUAAACUUCACCACUAGAUGUCACCAACCCUUCUAUUGACGUCAUCUUAGUAGAGGAUAAAAGCCCAGUGAGAACAGUACAACAUCGCCGGGUGCGGUGGCGCGCGCCUGUAAUCCAAGUUACUGGGAGGCUAAGUCUGGCGGAUCGUUUGAGCUCAGGAGUUCUGAGCUGCUGCGGACUAUGUCGAUCGGGUGUCCGCACUAAGUUCGGUAUCGAUAUGGUGCUCCAGGGGGAGCCCGGGACCACCAGGUCGUCUAAGGAGGGGUGCACCGGCCCAGGUCGGAAACGGAGCAGGCCAAAGCCCCCGUGCCGCUCAGUAGUGGGAUCGCGCCCGUGAAUAGACGCUGUAGUGCAGCCUGAGUAAUACAGCGAGACCCAGUCUUU